AUGACGCCGCCAACAACGAAGCCGACGAGCUACGACGAGCUGGCCGAGCUGCUCAAGGACGAUAACAAGGUCAAGGUGGCAGGCGUCGACAUCGACGGCGUGCUGCGCGGCAAGUACAUGUCCAAGAAGAAGUUCCUCUCGGCCGCCAAGCCGGGCUCCGACUUUGGCUUCGCCAACGUCAUCUUCGGCUGGGACAUCCACGACGCCAUGUACACCGAGGAAGUGUCGAUCGCCAACAAGUCGGGCGGCUACAACGACCUGGCCGCCGUCAUCGACCUCUCGACGUACCGCCGGCUGCCGUGGGAGAACGACAUGCCCUUCUUCCUCGUCAGCUUCAACGAUCCAAAGACGGGGCGCGCCAUGCACGCCUGUCCGCGCAACCUGCUCAAGGGCGUCACCGACAGGAUCCGCGGCGAGACCGGGUGGGACUGCAUGGCGGGCGCAGAGUUUGAGUACUUUCAAUACGCCGAGACGCCGCAAAGCCUCGUUGCAAAGGGCUACGACAAGCUCGCUGCGCUGACGCCCGGCAACCACGGCUACUCGAUGCUGCGCACGACCAUGAACAAGGACUACUUCCUCGAGCUGUUCGAUGCCGCCGAGGAGUUUGGCAUCGAGAUCGAGGGCCACCACACCGAGACGGGCCCGGGCGUGUACGAGACGGCGCUGGCGUACACCGAGGCGUGCAAGAUGGCCGACUCGGCCGUGCUGUACAAGCUGCUCGCCAAGUCGGUCGGCAUCAAGUACGGCAUCAUCCCGACGUUCAUGGCCAAGCCGUACGCACAGCUUUCUGGCUGUUCGGGACACAUGCACGUCUCGCUGCGCGAUCCCAAGACGGGGCGCAACGUCUUUGCCCUCUCGGACGACGAUAUCAAGGCGGGCGGGCGCAAGGACGCGCAGUACGACGACGUCCGGUACCUCUCCCAGGAGGGCGAGCACUUUUUGGCCGGCAUCAUGACGGGGUUGCCCGAUAUCAUGCCGCUCCUCUGUCCUACCAUCAACUCGUACAAGCGCCUUCAGGGCGGCGAGGCCUUCUGGGCGCCCAACAUCUGCUCGUACGGGUUCGACUCGCGCCUGGCUUCGGUGCGCAUCCUGGGACCACCGGAUCUGCCCUCGUACGCGACGCGCUUCGAGGUGCGGGUACCGGGGGCGGAUGUCAAUGCGCCCUUGGCCUUUUCGGCCCUCUUCUCGCUCGGGCUCUACGGCAUCCAGCACCGUCUCGCGCUGCCGUUUGCACCCAUGACGCAGUGCAAAGAGGCGGACCGCGUGCUGCUGCCCACCUCGCUCGAUUCGGCCACGGCGCGCUUCGAGGCGCGCGACAGCUGGGCGCGCAAGACGCUCGGCAACGACUUUGUCGACCACUUUGCCGCCACCCGCCGCCACGAGGUCGCUCUCUGGAACCGCGCCGUCACAAACUGGGAACUCGAACGCUACCUCGAACUCGUCUGA